UUGGAUCUCGUGCACAGAGACGGACGCGGCGCACGCGCUCAUUGGAGAGCGCGCUGCUAAGCGCGCGCAGGUUAUGAGCGUGGCUACACCAAGAUGGCGGCGGUGGCAGUGGUGGGGGAGUCGGCGUGAUGUACGGGAGAAGAAGACAGCUGAAGUGCUAACGGCCGAGGCAAAAAUGGGAAAAAUGAAUGUGGCCUCGCACUAAGCCGUGCGACUGUGCAAGUUAUAUAAAAAUAUUUGUGUUUCGCCGCGAAGGACGGUGCAUUUUAAUUCGAGUAGGAACGGAAAGUCACCGGGAGCAUGGCUUCUCAGAGUAAUCAGUACAUCUUUGGGGAAUUCAGUCCCGAUGAGUUCAAACAGUUCUUCGUAACUCCUCGCUGUUUUGUUGAGCUUCCCCCAUUCAAUGACAAAGUCUCCUGUGCAUCUCAAUCUUCAGGAAGUUUCUGUACUCCUGCUGUGCCAUUCCUUACGGAAACUAUGAGACUGCAGGUCUGCGGGGAUGACUUCCAGCACAUUGAAUUCGGUGUGGGAGACGUCAUGGAUGAAGGACCUGCUGGGGUGAAGGAUUCCAAGCUUCAGGUCUCCAGCACCCUGAACCCCCAGGCUCCAGAGUUCAUCCUCGCCUGCCAAUCCGCACCGAAACCCCCGCCGGACGCUGACGAGUCUGACUGCACGAACGGUGACUCCCUGGGCCCAGGGUCUGAGGUGCCGUCACUGGAUGGCGGCCAGGCCUGCCCGGACCUGGAUGGGGCAUUGGGCGGCCUCGGGCAGCGGGAGCGCAAAAAGAAGAAGAAACGACCUCCGGGAUAUUACAACUACCUGGAGGGCCCAGAAGAUCCCACAGCUCUUCCUGAGGCUCCGUUGGGGGUGGUGCUUGUGAACGGCCACUCCCCCAGCGCCCCUGAUCUUUGCUCUGAUGACAUGGUUAGCCCUGUAGCACUGGCAGUCUCACUUCCACAGGGCAACCCGGGACAUGGUUCCCCCGAUUCAACCCUCGUCAGUGACCAGAGGACUUGCGAAAGCCCCAGUGAUCCCUCUUUGGACGUAAGGGGCCUGGUCACGUCUUUGUCGGACAGAAACGUAGUUCAUUCUUUCUCGCAUUGCAGCAGUGGGGUGGCUGAAGGGGGAAGGACUCCUGAGCUGCGGCCGGAGAGCCCGAUGGUGCUGGACAAUGGGCAGCCCAGCUCCACUUCCCCGCUGCCACCUUCUGCCCCUACCAUUAGUCCCAGCACCACACACCUUGCAGAGGCUGAAGACCAUAGUGACAGUGGAGUCGUGAAUGGUCUGGCGGAUGUCGGCAGUGACGCCGAUGGACAGAAGAACGACUCUGAGGCUGGGGAGUCCCUGCCAUUGUACCAGCACCUGACCUUGUCCCCCACAGACCAGGAUACAGAGUUGCCCUCCCCUGCUCCCCAAACCCUCCCUGUGGCCUCCACUGUUCAGCCACUUAAAUCCUGGGCUAGUCUCUUUCAUAGUCCUAAGCCCCCAUCUGGAAGUUCGCAGGCAGAGGCGGAGCCCAGAGACACAUCACCUGUUGCUCCCACUAUUCUGUCUACCCCUCAGACCCCUGAGAAGUUGGGGGAGUUGAAGGAGGGUCCAGUUCAUGUGUCAGAAGAUCCUCUUGCCCCCAGACUUGCAGACUUGAUAGAGGAUGUGAAGUUGAUACACAAACCUGUGUCUUUACAACCCAGAGGACUUAUCAACAAGGGGAACUGGUGUUAUAUCAAUGCUACCCUUCAGGCUCUGAUUGCUUGCCCUCCCAUGUACCACUUGAUGAAGUCCAUCUCCAUGUUGAAGGACAGUCAGCGGCGGUGCACCUCCACACCAAUGAUUGACAACUUCGUUCGGCUGGUGAAUGAGUUCAGCAACAUGCCUUUUCCCUCCAAGGCCAAACAGCAAGCUGCCGGGGACAAGAUAAUGAAAGAUGUACGACCUGGGGUUCCCUUUGAACCAAACUACAUCUACAAACUUCUGACUGUCAUCAAAUCAAGUCUAUCAGAGAAGGGCCGACAGGAGGAUGCUGAGGAGUACCUGGGCUUCAUCCUCAAUGGUCUGCAUGAGGAGAUGUUGGCCCUGAAGAAGCUGCACUCCCCACAGGAAGAAAAAGCCCCCACACAAAACGGAGCUGAACCCCAGGUGGGACCCGAGGGAGCCGAGGCCUCUGGGAAAGAGGACAGCGAAGACGAGUGGGAGCAUGUCGGCCCCCGGAACAAGAUCUCUGUGACACGACAGGCCGGCUUUGUCCGUACUCCCAUCACGGACAUAUUCGGCGGGCAUAUGAGGUCGGUGGUGUACCAGCAGAGCUCCAAGGAGUCGGCCACGCUGCAGCCCUUCUUCACCCUGCAGCUAGACAUCCAGUCUGAGAAGAUCCGCACUGUGCAGGAGGCACUGGAGAGUCUAGUGGCACGCGAGUCAGUCCAGGGUUACACCACCAAAAGCAAACAGGAGGUCGAGAUAAGCCGCAGGGUGACCCUGGAGGAGCUCCCCCCGGUGCUGGUUCUCCAUCUGAAGAGGUUCGUGUUUGAGAAGACUGGGGGCUGUCAGAAGCUGGUGAAGAAUAUCGAUUACCCCAUAGACCUGGAGAUCAGCAAAGAUCUCCUUUCCCCGGGGGUGAGGAACAAAAUUUUCAAAGGCCAAAGAACCUACAGGCUUUUUGCAGUUGUCUAUCACCAUGGGAACAGCGCCACCGGUGGCCACUACACCACCGAUGUCUUCCACAUCGGUCUGAAUGGCUGGCUUCGCAUCGACGACCAGGCAGUGGAGGUCAUUGGCCAGUACCACGUGCUGAAGCAGAGUGUCGAGCGCACCGCCUACCUGCUCUACUAUCGCCGUCUCGACCUGCUGUAGGGCUCGCUGUCCUGAGAACAUGCCCCCCCUCCCUCACCCAUUACACCUAACCACAUCUGAUGUCCAAUUGCUUUCACCGGAGAUACAGGUUGCCCCCACUACCCCCUCAACCUCCCACUUCGCCACGUCUUUUCUGAAGAAACGGGACGUCAGCAGUCAGGAGAGAUGGCUUCCCCAUGUCAUCUGCGAACGCUGAAACAGUGAGAUCUUCAGGGCCUGAUGGACAGCUCAGAUGUUCUGUGGCCAGCCUCUACACUUGGAAUUACUGAGCACAACAAUAAGAGCUGUUGCCUGAGACUACUCUUUUGGGUUUGUUUUUGUUUUGUUUGUUCAAGCUGCUUGCUUUUCGUUUUUUUGUUUUUUUUUGUGCUGACAAAUCAAGCAGUUUUUAGCAGUUUGAGAUGAUGGUCUCAGACUGGCAGCAGCUGAUCACUGUUUUGAGUUUGACUAGUGCGUCUGAUGGCCAUAGCAUCCAUAGGUCUUAAAACAUGGGCUUUCCCUAUUGUUACGCCGACCUUCCUUCCUCAUCAUGUCAAACCCCUGCCUCUUCCUCAAACUGUCCGCCUCAUGGUGUUAAGUCUAGGUGACACUUGCUGCCAAGUGUGAGAUUCAAUCCUGCAGGCACCAGCCAAGGUGACGCCGCUUCUUGGUCCGUGCGCAGGAAAGUCCGAGUGCUUCUGGGUGUUGGUUUAGAAGUGUCUGGAUAUAAAUGCGCUUUAGGAUGUGUGUAUGCGGGUUUGCAGUCAAUUAUGGUGAAAUAAAUCUGAGCUGGUCAUUUUAUCCUUGGGGGGGAGGGGUUCUUAAUUAUUUUCUGUGUUCACUUGUAAUGCUACUUAAUUAAAGUCUAUUAAAAAUCUGCUUUUAAUUGCUUAUGACUGACCGCCCUAAACCUCCCCGUUGACAGUAAACACUCUUCUCUGCAGGAUGUCACUGAUGCCUCUCCCUUCCACAAAGUUCUCUACAGGGGUUUGUGAUCACGAUUCCUGAGAGUGUUAAUUUUGCUUUAUUUUUUUAAAUUCAAACUGAGUACUUUAAUGGAGGUAAAAUGUUGCAUAGCAGGGUGCAGCCUUCACUUGAGUGAUGAUGAGCGCAGGUGAGACGCCCCAUAGCUUAACCAAUGAAACGUAUUACCUGCUGUGGUAUUUGGACGUGCUGUGGGUGAAGCACCCACCCUUCAUAUAAAUGAAAAUUUUUUUCCUCAAGGCGAAACAUGGUAAAUAAAACAGUACAAGUCUUUGUCGGUUAAUUUCCUUCCUUGCCCUUCUGCCAGAUGAAGCGAUCAGCUUUGUUGGGAAGUGCAGGUGGCACACAACUGCCACUACCUUCAAAUACCUGCAUUAAGUUUUCUAUGUGACUCUUCCACUUUUUCUUUUAAUCCCUUAUGUACCUGGUAACUGCUGAUCCUUCACCAGAAGCUACAUGCGUUCGGCCUCCCGGUUCUCUAGCCAGAGAGGUGAUAAUGGAGCAGGUGGUUCAUGCAUGUCUGAAUUGCUGAAGAGGAUCCCAUCAUUGACUCAGGGAAGUGAAAACCUUGCAGUUCUCAUUCCGAUGCUUGGAUGGGGGCAGCUUCAGCAGCAAAAUUGAUUUAAAGUUUGGUCUCAGCUGAUUGUGGUCCCCCUGUAUUUCAGUUUGUAUUGAAUCAUUGGGUUUAACUUAGAAUUGCUGAUCCCCCUCCUUUUCAUGUUGUCUCUUGUGUUAGAUUUUUACAUGGUGUAUGAAACAAGUGGCUGGUCUUUGAAGUGGUUCUUGGACUUCUAGUCCUGUUGGCUCUUCCCAGCUUUCCAUGGUCAGCUCUCUGCGGUUGGUGUGGUUCUAAUGGCAACUGAACGUUCUGCCAUGUGCCACCCUAACAGCGCCGGAGAGCCCCCUGUGUCAGCAGGGGGGAACUGCAAAUGGGACAUCUGUGAUGUCUGAGGUCUCAGCGGUUUCGUUGAUUGAGGACUUUUUAAGAGAUGAAAAAUGUCUUGGCUAACCGGCUGCAGUUAAGUUGUGUACUAGCUGGCUGUUAGUUUUUUCAGUCAUUAAGCUUCCAUUGGACCCUAUGAAAGCUACAUGACAUUAAUGUGUCUCAUUGCAUUUCUGUGGAGUGUGAGUUGCUGGAUGGUGGCCUAGACUGUGUUUAGGUCUGGAGCUGAUUGCUAGUUGAGAGCUGCCUUGCCUGGUAGUAACUCUGAAAAAGAUUGUUUGGUUUUUCUCUCAACCUCCAACAUGUAAUUAUAAGCGUAGUUUUCUUGUUAAUGUCGGUGUGAAAAAACCCAGAAGUUUGAUGACUUAAGUUGCAUCGAAUGGCAUAUCUGCCCUUGUUGGCCUCUUAUUUUGUAGAUAAUGUUUCUAUCCUCAUAUUUUGGGAAAAGGCCAUUUCCAUCCUGUUUCUUUCCUACGAAUAAACCAGAGUCUCUUGACUGGACCCAAACUAAAGCCUAUGUAAGUUUCUGUAGAUGUUGCCCCAACUGGCAUUAACUAGCUGGGCCUUGAAUAUGGUCCCACCCUUGGCUUGCAAAGCUGGCCCAUGAAUUCCUUAUUCAGGAUGUGUCCUGAGUUUUAUUGAUUUGGAAAAAUCACUUAUUACAGCCUAUCGGGUUGACUUAUGAUUCCGAGAUGUCAAAGUCGUCAUUGAGGAGGUGCUCGCAAGGUUGAUUUGUUUUUUAUAAAGAUUCAGCUGAGUCUUUUGGUGCAGCGACACACUCUGAGCUUAACACUGCGGUGGCCUGCCCCACCAGGUCUUACUAAGCAUUUUCCAUGGAGCUUAAUGGGGAAAAAUCCAAGCCUAGCGUAGCAAUGCUUAGCCUGAUGUGAUGAUCGUGCCCAGCUGAGUGUCUCUCUUCAUGGGGUUCCCACUUCAUGCAGGCGUCGCGUGUGGUUUCACGCUGCCCCAUCAGAGCCAUAAUUCCCACCGGCCUGCCAUUGCCUUCAUGCGGCUCGGUUCUGUAUUCCCAGAAAUAUUUAGCUUGGCGUACCGAAUGAGAUCGUUAUGAGAGGCAUAAAUUCCAUGUGUGCAAAGACCACUUCUGGCUGGAUGUUAGAUGAAGGGGUGAAUUUCACCCUCACACACAAAGGGACAUUUCUUGGUAGAGAGGUUGCAAUUCAGUUUCUGUGUUUUUCUAAUAUUUCUCAUUUUGGUUGGGGUGAGAAUUGAGUGAUAAGGGCCAAAGCGUGUGGUAACUUACUUGUUCUUGACUGCUUCCCCCCCCCCCCCCCCCCAAGUAACAUUAUUCACUUCACUUGGAUUAUCAGUACUCUGAUUGAGCUGUAGGGGAUGAGCAUUUUUUCAAUUUUAAAAGUAGUGUGAAUUUGUAUUACUCAUUGCAAAAUGUAUCCACACCUUGUGAUGUCCAAAGAAUUUCCGCCAUUUAUAGCCAUUUUGCUGUCCGACUUGCGUUUGUGGUGUUUUGAUUCAUUAUUUAAUGAUGCUGGGAGAUCUGCUUUGUCAGCCCCCUGCAGGAGUGGUAGUUAUCACAGUAAGAACAUAGUGUUUCGAAAUCUCUGUGAGGCACUUCUUCUUGCAGUCUGAAUUGGUCAUCGAGAACUUUCUAAGGACAAAGGGGAUUCCCUUCAGCAAUGAUCAGUCAGCCUGUAGGGUCUUGGUAGGUAUGAUUACUCUCCUGAAAGGGUCACACAGAUGGAUUAUAUUAUUAUUACCUUAUAUUUCUUGGUUGGUGUGUGAUUGUUUUGUUUGACUUAUUUUGAUUGAAAAUGUUUCUCACCUCCAAAAACUGUUCUCUAGACUCAAAAUAGCUGUAUUUUUAUAAACCUUUUGUUAUGUCCUCUGUUUACUUUUUCCAGAUUAUAAUGAAUAUUAUAAUACUCCUCUACAUGAUGAUUUUUAAAUCUUAUUUAUUGAGACAAAUGUCCAGAUUUAGAAUGUAUUCUUUGUGUAGUAUGUUGACAUGUAUACAACUACAUAGAAGAGCAGAGAAUGCCAGUGCACUGCCAGUGCUCUGGAUGAUAGCGAAAAAAAUGCUGAUCUUUGUUUUGUAAACCAGCGAUAUGGUUUGUUAUAUAUUUAAAAACAAGCUAAGAAGUUUUCUUAACAUUGAUAUGUGACCAGAAGUCCUGCUUAUUUUAUAAAAGUAUCAAAGGCAGUGACCUCAAAAAUGCUUUGUUUUCAAAAGAUAAAAGACAUUUGAGAUACACA